AUGGACUCCCAGCGAGAGCCAGAGCGCAGUGCCCCCGAGGACCCCCUUCGGCAAGACCCGAAGCGACCGAAGGUGCUUCACGACGACGCCCCGAAGGAGGCGCCGCCCGCCGCGAAGGACUGGGAGGCCAGCAUGAGGCUGCCUCACCCGGACAUCACAAGGCCGACCAAGAGGCAGAAUCUCGUCGUGAAAUUCUGUGUCGACAUCGAGGCCUUUAACUCUGCCGUCGGCGAGGCCAAGGUCAUGCAGACUCUUCGGGCCGUGCCUGGCCUGCAGCGGCUCAGGAUUUCGAUCGCUCUGCAAGUCGCCAAGAUUUUCCGCGCGAUCCACUCGCACGGCCUCGUCCACAACGACAUCAAGGGCGACAACCUAUGCGUGCGCAUGACCCCCGGCGGCCCCGAGGUCACUACGAUAGACUUCGGGAUAACCUUCAAGGGCGGAAGUCUCCUCAGCUGGGCCGAGGACACGAGCAAGCACUACGCCCCCGAGAUGCGCGGCAGAGCGUGUGGUGAGUCCACCAGCCUCACCGACGUCUAUAGCAUCGGGUUCUUCCUCGCCACGCUGUUCUCUGACCUGAGCCCGAAGGAGGCGCUGGCGCAGUGGCUCGCCAGGAGCUCGAGCGCGGAUCUCGCCGACCGCCUUGGGCUGGACUCGCUCGUAGAUGCUCUGCAGAAGGAGGGACAGCGCCUGCAGAGAUAG